AUGAACUGCCGCACCGCCAGGGCACUCGCCUGCGCCGUCACCCUCCUGCACUUGACCAGACUGGCGCUCUCCACCUGCCCCGCCGCCUGCCACUGCCCCCUAGAGGCGCCCAAGUGCGCCCCGGGCGUCGGGCUGGUCCGGGAUGGCUGUGGCUGCUGUAAGGUCUGCGCCAAGCAGCUCAACGAGGACUGCAGCAAAACGCAGCCCUGCGACCACACCAAGGGGCUGGAAUGCAACUUCGGCGCCAGCUCCACCGCUCUGAAGGGGAUCUGCAGAGCUCAGUCGGAAGGCAGACCCUGUGAAUACAACUCUCGCAUCUACCAGAACGGGGAGAGUUUCCAGCCCAACUGUAAACAUCAGUGUACCUGCAUCGAUGGUGCCGUGGGCUGCAUUCCUCUGUGUCCCCAAGAGCUGUCCCUCCCCAACCUGGGCUGUCCCAAUCCCCGACUGGUCAAAGUCACCGGGCAGUGCUGCGAAGAGUGGGUCUGCGAUGAGGACAGCAUCAAGGACCCCAUGGAUGACGAUCAGGAUGAGCAGGACGACCUCCUGGGCAAGGGCCUGGGCUUCGAUGCCUCCGAGGUGGAGUUAACCAGAAACAACGAGUUGAUCGCCAUUGGCAAAGGCGACCCGCUGAAGAGACUGCCUGUUUUUGGCAUGGAGCCUCGCAUCUUCUACAAUCCAUUACACGGCCGGAAAUGCAUCGUUCAGACAACUUCCUGGUCGCAAUGCUCCAAGACCUGUGGAACUGGCAUCUCCACGCGUGUCACCAAUGACAACUCGGAAUGCCGCCUGGUGAAAGAGACCAGAAUCUGUGAAGUGCGACCUUGUGGACAGCUGGCAUACAGCAACUUGAAGAAGGGCAAGAAAUGCAGCAAGACCAAAAAGUCUCCUGAGCCAGUGAAGUUUACCUACGCUGGAUGUUCAAGCAUCAAGAAAUACCGGCCCAAGUACUGUGGCUCCUGUGUGGACGGCCGAUGCUGUAUGCCCCAGCAGACCAGGACGGUGAAGAUGCGAUUCCUCUGCGAAGACGGGGAGACAUUCUCCAAGAAUGUCAUGAUGAUCCAGUCCUGCAAGUGCAGCUACAACUGCCCACAUGCCAACGAGGCUUCCUUUCCCUUCUACAGGCUCUUCAAUGACAUUCACAAAUUCCGGGACUAAGUGUCAAGGGGCCAGGGUGGACAGAGGAGAGAGAAAAGUGUCGGAGUCCUGGAGGAGAUGUGGGUGGGGAUGGUGCGGUGCAGGGCCUCCUAGGAGAAGGGAUGCCUUGCUCAUUCUUGAGUUGUACUGAGGCUUAGUGUGCUGGUGCAGAUGGUCUGUCAUGCAGCCGCAAUUGGAGAAUCCUUUGCUUCAUAGUAUUGGAGCACAUGUUACUGCUUCAUUUUGGAGCUUGUAGUGUUGAUGACGUUCUGUUUUCUGUUUGUAAAUUAUUUGUUCAGCGUCUUUUCCUCUAGACCCUUUCCCUCUCAAGUCUUUAAUGGUAAAAGAUGGUAAGAUGUGGUGGACAGCCUGCCUUUGCCCUUUGAUAGAAGCUGUCUGGGGAGCACAUCUGAUCCCUUCCCGGAGGUGACACUCUGUGAGUGGCCACGAGAGGCAGCUGUCUGCACUCCACACAGCAAACAGAAAUCAGGUGUUUUAAGAUUGAAUGUUUCUAUUUAUCGAAAUGUAGCUUUUGGGGAGGGAAGGGAAAUGUAAUACUGGAAUAAUUUGUAAAUGAUUUUAAUUUUAUAUUCAGUGAAAAGAAUUUAUUUAUGGAAUUAAUCAUUUAAUAAAGAAAUAUUUACCUA